GGCUCGUCGAAUUCUCCUUAACCUAAAACAAUUUUUUUUUUUAAUAUAAAAAACAAAGGUAUUCGGAAAGAGGAAAAAAGAAGGGUAGAUAACUACAUAUAUUCUGUAUACGCCGUCGUUAAACACCAGCAAAACCCAUCUCCGAUAUCUCUCGUCUCAUCUGUUGGCAGCCAAACGCGAUCGAUAUAAAUCAAGAAAGAGCCUUCGUUUUCCUUCCAAUUUCCUGUCGUCGUUCGAUUCUUUAAACAAAUUAAAAAAGAAAGAGAGAGUAAAGGAAAGGGAAAGAAGAAAAGAUUGAAAAUUGCCAUGACUGAAGUGGCGAGCUCAGUGGUGCACGAGGUGUUAGGCCGUAGAGUGGAAGAUGUGGAUCAGCCAAUCAUUGAUUACAUCAUCAAUGUCCUCGCCGACGAAGAUUUCGAUUUCGGAGAAGACGGCGACGGCGCCUUCGAGGCCAUCGGCGAGCUCCUCGUCGCCGCCGAAUGUGUCUCUGAUUUCUUCGAGUGCCGCCAGGUUUGUAGUAAACUAUCUGAGAAAUUUGGAAAGCAUGGGUUGGUUAAACCUAAGCCAACUGUUCGGAGUUUAGCAACGCCAUUUAGGAUGAAUGAAGGUAUGGAGGAGGAGGCUCCGAAGAAAAAGGCAGAGCCGAUUGAUGGUCCGUUAUUGUCUGAACGCGAUAAAAUGAAGCUCGAAAGGAGGAAGAGAAAGGAGGAGCGUCAAAGAGAGGCGCAAUACCAAAUGCAUUUAGCAGAGAUGGAAGCAGCUAGGGAAGGGAUGCCUGCUGUUUGUGUGAAUCAUGAUGCUGGUGGUGGGCCGGCUGUUAGGGAUAUUCAUAUGGAGAACUUCAAUGUUUCUGUUGGUGGUCGUGAUCUCAUUGUUGAUGGUUCAGUUACACUUUCUUUUGGAAGGCAUUACGGUCUUGUGGGCAGAAAUGGUACAGGGAAGACUACAUUCCUUAGGUACAUGGCUAUGCAUGCUAUUGAUGGAAUUCCUCCAAACUGCCAGAUCCUACAUGUCGAGCAAGAAGUAGUUGGUGAUGAUACAACACCCUUGCAGUGUGUUCUUAACUCUGAUAUUGAAAGAACCCAGCUUUUGCAAGAGGAGGCUCAGUUACUUUCUCAGCAGAGAGAAUUGGAUCUUGAAGAUGAAAAGGGAAAGAGUGGAGGAGAUCUAAAUGGGGUGCCUGAUAAAGAUGCCAUCUUGCAAAGACUCGAACAGAUAUACAAAAGGCUUGAGGUCAUUGAUGCAGAUUCAGCAGAGUCUCGUGCGGCUUCUAUUCUUGCGGGUCUCAGUUUCUCUCCAGAAAUGCAGCAGAAGGCAACGAAAACAUUUUCUGGAGGAUGGAGAAUGCGAAUUGCUCUAGCCCGUGCACUGUUUAUAGAGCCUGAUUUGUUGCUGCUUGAUGAACCUACUAACCAUCUUGAUCUUCAUGCUGUCCUAUGGCUGGAAUCUUACCUGGUGAAGUGGCCAAAAACAUUCAUAGUUGUGUCUCAUGCUAGAGAAUUCUUGAACACAGUGGUUACUGACAUUAUUCAUCUACAAGGACAAAAAUUGAUGGCCUACAAAGGAAAUUAUGAUACCUUUGAGAAGACAAGGAUGGAACAAAUUAAGAACCAACAGAAAGCCGUUGAGGCAAAUGAACGAGCAAGAUCUCACAUGCAGGCCUUUAUUGAUAAAUUUAGGUAUAAUGCAAAGAGAGCAUCCCUUGUUCAGUCCAGAAUCAAGGCAUUGGAGCGGAUGGAACAUGUAGAUGAAAUUGUUAAUGACCCUGAUUACAAGUUUGAGUUUCCAACUCCUGAUGAUAGACCAGGGCCUCCUAUCAUAAGUUUCAGUGAUGCAUCAUUUGGCUAUCCUGGGGGGCCAACACUGUUCAGGAAUCUCAAUUUUGGUAUAGAUCUAGACAGCCGCAUUGCAAUGGUUGGUCCAAAUGGGAUCGGUAAGUCAACAAUACUAAAACUAAUUGCUGGGGAACUACAACCAACCUCUGGGACGGUUUUUCGUUCAGCUAAGGUUCGCAUUGCUGUAUUUAGUCAACACCAUGUUGAUGGGCUAGACCUGUCUUCAAAUCCUCUACUAUAUAUGAUGCGCUGCUAUCCGGGAGUGCCGGAACAAAAGCUUCGUGGCCACUUGGGUUCUUUUGGUGUUACAGGAAAUCUUGCUCUGCAGCCAAUGUAUACUUUGUCUGGUGGUCAAAAAAGCAGAGUUGCUUUUGCAAAGAUAACUUUCAAGAAACCACACAUAAUAUUGCUUGAUGAGCCAUCCAAUCAUCUUGAUUUAGAUGCUGUGGAGGCACUAAUUCAAGGCCUUGUUUUGUUCCAAGGAGGGAUUUUGAUGGUUAGUCAUGAUGAACAUCUGAUAUCUGGAAGUGUAGACGAACUAUGGGUGGUGUCCGCAGGCAAGGUUAACCCUUUCCAUGGCACUUUCCAGGACUACAAGAAGAUACUCCAGUCCGCUUCCUAAAAGUAUUAUCCUGUUGGAGCAUACCCUCUGAUAUCAAGAUGGAUUUCAAGAUUAAGUUACUCCUAGACUAGAAGACCAUGCUUCCAGGAUUAAAGGAAAUCUUUCCUUUUUUUUUGGAAAAAGUUUUUUUGUUCAAAGCACUGAAGAGGAUUUCUGAGUAUGGAAUUUUAACUGAAAAAUAUAAUUAUGUUGUCUUUCUACAAU